AUGGGUUACGAUUUUACCGUCUUCAAAGGCUCCAGCGAUGGAUCCAUAAAGCAGGGGAAAACCCACCGUGACGCUCUCAAAGGCGACGAGGUGCUCGUCCGCGUCACCCAUUCCGGGCUCUGCUAUACAGAUGUGCAUUAUCGAAACACAGACAUGGCCUUGGGCCACGAGGGUGCAGCCGUUGUCGAAGAAACCGGCCCCGAGGUGAAGGAGCUCAAGAAGGGCGAUAGAGUCGGCUGGGGCUACGAACACGACUGCUGCGGUCGAUGCUCCCAUUGCCUGACGGGCUGGGAAACAAUGUGUCCCGAGCGCAAGAUGUACGCCGGCGCCGAUCUGGACCAGGGGUCCUUCGCGACUCACGCCAUCUGGCGAGAAGCCUUCCUCUUCAAGAUCCCCGACAGUCUCAGCAGCGAAGACGCGGCGCCCCUGAUGUGCGGCGGCGCGACGGUGUGGAACGCCAUGCAUGUUACCGAUGUGCGGGGGACAUCGCGGGUCGGAAUCGUCGGCAUCGGUGGCUUGGGGCACCUCGCCAUCCAGUUCGCGGCAAAGAUGGGCUGCCAGGUGGUGGUGUUCUCGGGGACCAACAGCAAGAAGGAGGAGGCCAUGAAGCUCGGCGCCCAUGAAUUCUACGCUACGAAGGGGGUAAAGGAGCUGAAGAUUGGGAAGAAGCUCACCCAUCUCAUCGUGACGACCAGUGCUCAGCCCGACUGGGACAUGUAUGUCAACGUCCUGGACGCUGGGGCGAUGAUUUCGCCGCUGUCCGUGUCGGGCGAUGAGUUCAAGUUCCCGUACAUGGGGAUGUUGCUCAACGGACUGUCCAUCAAGGGCUCGAUUGUUGCGGCGCGGCAGGUUCAUCGCGACAUGUUGGAAUUCGCGGCCUUCCACGGCAUCAAGCCGAUGAAAAUGACUUUCCCGAUGACGGUGGACGGUAUUCACGAUGCUUUCAAGACCUUGGAGGAUGGCAAGAUGAGAUAUCGCGGAAUCCUUAUCCCGAAAUAG